UUACUGGAUGGGCAACCCUCGGCUUGAGGUUUUGUUUUUGUGAACGGACGACAUCAAUCACAACGACGCAGUUGAUAAUGAGCGAUAAUUUGUCAAGCAAGGAAGACGCGUAUAACAUGGAGCAAGAUCAGGAAUUGAGUGGAAAGCACUAUUCACGCUGCAGCAGCGCUGGCAGCACCCACACGCCAAACUCAUCGGCCCACAAUUCUGAUGACGACGAUGAUAGCGGCGAUGCCCGACACUCGGCGGCCUCCAAUUCGAACUCAACACUCAGCUACAAGGAACGCAGACGAUCGGCGCACACUCAGGCGGAGCAGAAGCGUCGGGAUGCAAUCAAAAAGGGAUACGAUAGCUUGCAAGAGCUGGUGCCACGUUGCCAGCCAAAUGACUCGUCCGGUUACAAGCUGAGCAAAGCGCUGAUAUUGCAAAAAUCCAUCGAUUACAUUGGCUAUCUGAAUCAGCAGAAACUCAAGCAGGAGGAUGAGAGUGCGGCACUGCAAAAAGAGGUGACGGCAUUGCGAAUCAUACAGAAUGGCUAUGAGACCAUGCUCCAACACCAGCAGGCAAAUCCGGGACCCGAGGAGGCACGCCUCACAGACGAGGCCAAAUUUCAAGUGUUUCAGGCGAUAAUUGACGAAAUGUUUGAGACAUUCCAGCACAUACCCAUGGAUAACUUCAAGCAGCUGACCAGUGGUGUUAUACCCUGGCUGGAGGAGCACUGCAAGCCGCAUAUACUCCGCAACAUUCUCAGUCGGACGCUGCAGCAGAUGGCACAGGAGACGCAAGAGAAACAACAACAACAACAGCAGCAGGCCAUGGAACAGGAAACGGGCGAAGGAUUCAGUUGAAAAGCAAUUCAAGUUUAUCAUUUCUUUUUGUUUUUUCUUUGGGUAAAUGCUACAAAUAGUAAAUGCUUCGUUUAAUUGUUUGUUGUAAAAGCAAGCGUUACAAUUAUAGAC